AUGCCUUCAUGGGCGGCUUUGAAAGCCUUUGCACGGUCGGUGCCGGGCUUGCGUGCUGCACCCACUUCUACCUGUUUGAAGGAGCCAGCGAAGCCAGCUCUGGGAUCCAAGAGCGGCGAUGGGGUCGUUGGCGAGGAUGGGACCACGACGCUGCACAUAGCUGCGCGGAAUGGUCACACCGAAGUGCUUCGCUGCCUUCUCAAGGAAGGUGCCGAAGCUGACGUGGCUACAACGAGAGGAGAGACGCCAUUGCUCUUUGCAGCGCAGCAGGGGUACUUGGAAACUGUCAUCGUCUUGGUGGAAGCUGGCGCUGACAAGCGGAAGGCCGCAGAGCACGGCUUGACUCCGGUUCAUGCUGCCGUGGAAAGGGGCCAUCUGGAGGUGGUCCAAUUCCUUAUCAAAGCCAGGGCGGACAUCGACCAUGCACAGGACAGUGGUGCCACGCCACUGUUUUUGGCCGCGUAUAAGGGUCAGGUCGCCUUGGUCCAGUCUUUGCUCGACGCGGGAGCCGACAAAGACCGCCCUGAACACCAAGGAGCCACAGCUUUGUUCAUUGCCUCGCAGAUGGGACAUGUGGACGUUGCGCAGUGCCUCCUGGAUGCGGGUGCGAACCCGAACCUGACCAAGGAGCACGAUGUCUCGCCGCUGUACAUUGCCUCGGAGUGUGGGCACGCUGAGGUCGUGCUGGCCAUUCUGGGUACAGGAGCUGACAAGAACAAAGCAACGGAUCGAGGAACAACACCGCUGUACAUCGCAUCCCAGGAAAAUCGGAUUGAAGUCGUGCGGCAUUUAUUGAUUGCCAGAGCCGAUGCAAACAUCUCCGAGCACAACGGAGCAACUCCUGCUCACAUCGCCAGCCAGAGUGGCAACUUGGACAUACUCCAUCACUUGAUAGAUGCAUUUGCAGACAUUGACAAGACAAACAAGCACGGCGCCUCGCCUCUGUACUGUGCUGCUGAACAAGCGAAGCUGGGAAGUGUCCGUGUGUUGGUUCAUGCAGGUGCCCGCCAGGUGGCGACCAGCGCUGGUGUCACUCCGUUGUACAUUGCAGCAAGGCGAAACAACGUAGAUGUCGUUCGGUUUCUUCUGGCGGCAAAGGCAGAUUCCGAGUUCGUGAAGGAUGAUGGGACCACGAGCUUGGCAAUUGCAGCGCAAAAGGGGCACUGUGAAAUUGUUCGAGAGUGUUUGGCCGCCGGUGUCCGCCUGAGCAACAGCCCUGAGACUGGAGCCUCACCUUUGUUUGCAGCUGCACAGAAGGGCCACGUGGAGGUUGCAGAGUGCUUAAUCCUGUCCCGGUCAGAUGUGAACCAUGUGACCUUCGAGAAGGCUAGUUCACUGCUCAUUGCGGCACAGAACGGUCAUCAAGAUGUCGUGCACUGCCUUAUGCAAGCGGCUGCCGAUGUGGAUCUGCCUGACAAGCAUGGAGUAACAGCCCUGAAUGCAGCCGCCAGGCAAGGACACUUGGGUGUGGUACAGCUACUGAUCAGUGGGGCUGCCGAUGUGCACAUUGCUAGAGACACUGGUCUGGCACCCCUUCAUGUCGCUGUACAGGGUGGGCACCUUCAGAUUGUCCGAUCCUUGCUGAAGGCCAGUGCGAACAAGGAGCAGACGUGUGGAGAGGGACGUACGCCCCUCCACUGUGCUGCCGAGAUCGGCUACCUUUUCGUCGCGCAGCACCUCAUCGAAGCUGGCGUGGACAAGGAGCGAGCAUCACAUUCCGGAGCAACGCCGCUCUGGCAUGCUGCCUCGGAAGGCCAUGUCGAGAUGGUGCAGCAGUUGCUCACAGCAUCCGCCGACUGUGACACGCCCACACAUGACGGCUUGAGCCCCUUGCAUUCCGCAGUGUUGAAGGGCCACUUGCAGGUGGCAAGUGCUUUGCUCGCUGGAAGUGCCAACGUAGACUUGACAAACAGGUCCGGUGUGCAUCCUUUGUUUAGUGCUGCCGAGUCUGGGCAGUUGCAGAUGAUCCAAUGCCUGUUAGAAGCAAGUGCAGACAAAGACAAGCAAACCACAUCGGGCAUGACCGCCUUGCAUAUCGCGGCACAAAAGGGCCAGUUUCAAGCAGCAAAUCGCUUGCUGGCUGCAGGCGUUGAUUGUGAUGUUGUCGGAAGCCACGGACUUACGCCACUACACCUUGCCAUCCAGAAUGGCCAUGUGGAGGUCGCCAGUUUGUUGUUAUCAGCAGGUGCCCAACCUAAUCGGGCAGAUGGUAACGGCGUGCUGCCGUUGGAAUACGCAGCUCAACAUGGGGGUAUACAGAUCGUGCAGUCAUUGUUGCAGGCUGAGGCUGAUGCGAAUCAAGCGGGAGAGGAUGGGCAGACCCCGCUGUAUGUUGCGGCUGCAGCAGGUCAUGUCCAGAUUAUCAACUGCUUGGUGGAGGCGCAGGCUGACCUCAAUGCAGGCGAGAAGAUGAUUGCAUUGCAUACGGCGGUUGAACACGGCAACAUUGCGGUGACCCGAUGCCUCCUUAAGCACGGAGCUUCCCGAGACAGCUUCCGCUUAGAUGGGAAGACACCGCUUUGUCUUGCUGCCGAACAUGGCAAUGUGGAUAUUGUGAAAUGCUUGUUAUUCGCAAAGGCAUGCACUCAGAUUGCGACAGUGGAAGGCAUGACACCUUUGCACAUUGCUGCCAACAGUGGCCACCUGUCCGUGGUGCGCUCCCUCUUGGAUGCCAAGGCUGACAAGACAGCGGCUGCCAAGAACGGCGAGACGCCACUGUAUCUGGCAGCCCAGAAUGGGCACUUGGCAGCUUUGCACAGUUUGUUGACUCAAAGCCCAACAUCGAUCAAGGACGGUGCCACAUCCAGCGCAGAGCUGAAGAAGGGGUCUUCAGCACAGCCUGUUUGGAAAGCACGUGGGCAGAUGGGCUGGACAACACUGACGUCACGGAUGAACAAAGCAUUUUUGGAGCUUCUGGCAGCUCACUCACGGACUUCCACAUUACGCCGUGCUGUUUUUUUGUCGAGUGCAGGUCUUGGGGUUGCACUGUUCGUUCAGUUGGUUCGCGCGAUUAAGCGAGACAGAUCAGGCUAG